UACCGGCCCUUCGGGCUGCGGCCCGCUCCGCCGGGGCGGCCCCGCUGCCGUUACCCCCCGGGUCGCUCCCCAGCGUGACGGGGCAGCACGGCCGAGCUGGCGGCGCUUGGGCCCCCUGGGCUGUCACACGGGCCGGGCCCCGGGGGCAGGCGGGAGGUGCCGGCGCCUGGCUGGCGGCGCGGGGGGGAGGCCUCGACUUCCCCUCACGACGGUCUUCCCCUCCCCUUUAUUUAUCUAUCUCUUCAUAUUAUUUUUGUCUAGAAAGGAGAGGCCAGGGUGCUCGCCGGGAGCCCGGCCAUGUUCUGAGGGAGGCUUGGGGAUUCAGCUGGGACCCCGGUGCCGCAGGUGUGCGUGAAGAAGUCGCUCUCCGGGUCUCCUGUGAGGCUCCAGAAUCAUGGCAAGUCCAAGAACAAGGAAAGUUCUCAAGGAAGUCAGAGCAGAAGAUGAGAACAAUGUCUGUUUUGAAUGUGGUGCGUUUAACCCCCAGUGGGUGAGUGUGACCUACGGAAUUUGGAUCUGCCUUGAGUGCUCAGGAAAACACCGAGGCUUGGGAGUUCACCUCAGUUUUGUACGUUCUGUAACCAUGGACAAAUGGAAGGAUAUUGAGCUGGAGAAAAUGAAGGCUGGAGGUAAUAGCAAAUUUCGAGAGUUCUUAGAGUCUCAAGAUGACUAUGAUCCCUGCUGGACAAUGCAAGAAAAGUACAACAGCAAAGCUGCAGCUCUUUUUAGGGAUCAGGUAGCUACCGUAGCUGAAGGCAAGGAGUGGUCCAUUGAAACUUCUCCUGCCAGGAACUGGACCCCACCUCAGCCUAAAAUGUCCCUCUCUUCAACUCAUCGUUCUGCUGGACAAUCUCAGACUGCAACUGCCUCUUCAGACAAGGCUUUUGAAGACUGGUUAAAUGAUGAUGUCAGCUCCUACCAAGGUGGCCAAGAGAACCGCUACGUGGGGUUUGGAAACACAGUAAACCCUCCAAAAAAAGAGGAUGACUUCCUGAAUAAUGCUAUGUCUUCACUGUACUCGGGAUGGAGCAGUUUUACGACUGGAGCAAGCAAAAUUGCCUCAGCUGCUAAAGAGGGUGCUAGCAGGUUUGGAUCCCAAGCAAGUCAAAAGUUUUGGGGCUACAAGCAGCAGCCAGAGCCGGCAUCAGAGUUAGGUCAGACAUUAAAUGAAAAUGUUCUCAAACCUGCACAAGAAAAGGUGAAAGAGGGGAAAAUAUUUGAGGAGGUCACCGUGGGGGUAUCACAGUUGGCCAGCAAGGUUCAGGGAGUUGGAAGUAAGGGAUGGCGAGAUGUCACCACUUUUUUUUCUGGGAAACCAGAUGAUAAUUCUGAAAGAAGACCAGCUGAAGGAGACAGCUACCAGAACAGUGGAGGGGAGGGCUACCAGAACAAUGCUGUAGAUCAAAGCUUCUGGGAGACCUUUGGCAACUCAGAUCCACCAAAAGCUCAUAAAUCUCCAAGCAGUGAGAGCUGGACCUAUGUGGACAAUUCCACAGAGAAGAAGAGCUCUGAUAGCUGGGACGUGUGGGGCUCGGGAACAGUCUCCAACAACAAGAACAGUAACAGCGACAGCUGGGAAAAUUGGGAGACCAACUGGGAAAACACAGGAGGGGAGAGCAAGACCAGAAAACCUCCUAAGGCAACAAAAAAGGCAUCUUCAGCUGAUGAUGGGUGGGAUAACCAGAACUGGUAGAACUCUUGUUAACUCUGUUUUGCACAGCUAGGGAGGGGAGGCUAUGCUGGCUGAUAGAGGGGAGAAAGUUUUACACGCAACUGGAGUAUCGUGAUUGACCUUACUGAUCUGUUACUUUUGUGCUUCCCAUUCGUUCUUCUAUCCCAGUUUAGGAAAAAAAAGAAAAAGGCAUCAGAAUCUUUUAUUACAUAAAGGUGGCUCUCCCUUUUUUAAAGAUCGUGAUAACUGCAUUCUCCUUGCACUAUUGAAACUGACUACAGUGACUUUCUUAACAUGAGUGUUCAAAGGAAAAAAAAAUCAGUGCAAGCACACUUUCAUGGCUCAACCUUGCAUGUGUAGGUUAAUAGGUAUUCAUCCAGUCCUCAUACAAUUUGAGAUGACUAGAGGUGUUUAAUGCAAACAAAGGACAGGGUGUGUCUUGAAAGGACAGCUAUUAAAUGAGCAAACUGCAGUUGAAUAGAUCCAGUUCAAAUGCCUUAUGGAUUGCGCUGACCAUAUUAUGUCUGGCAAUUCAAGAUGUUUUUUAAGAUACUGUUUUAUUAGAGUUUUGUUUUUAAACGUUAAGAUUUUUUUUUUUUUGUCUUUUACAACUUAUAUUCUCCCCUUAGAAUUAUAAGGAAUCUAGAGCUAGGUAAUUAUUUGUGUAAACUUAGUUUUGACCUGAGCUGUGAUGGGAUAUCUAGAAUGGCUCUACUUGCCCUUCCUGCUUAAUGGGUUAAGAGUUAGCACAGUGCAUCUCUCAUACACAAAAGACAAAGUUGUGGCAAUCUCCUUCCUUACCUAUGCCCUUCUCCCAGUCUGAGUAUUUUAUAUAGUCUGUUUUUAUUCUGUCUUUUUUCCUUUUACCCAUCUAUUUUAUCUGUUCUGAUAAAAAUGAAAUCUUUCUGUUGCUUAUGGCCUUUUGGAUAUGUUUGGCAACUUGGCAGUGAAACAAAUUUAUAAAAAAGAUUCCAGUAAGAAAAAGUGGGUGGAAAAUAUGAGAACGUUUUGGAGAGGCUGGCAGCAAGCCCCUUUCAAGAUAAGUAGAUGUCUGGAUUUAAUAGUAAAAUUUAAAUUAAGCAGAUGUUUUCCAAAUGAAUCUUUAAUAUGUCAGGCUGUAUUUCUGUUUCUGUCAUGUAUCCCUCCCCAUUUUCUUUCUGGAUCUUGUUAAAGAAACACUAUUUCGGAAACUUUAGAAACUCCUUGUCAGCAUUAAGGAAUGGAAUAGAAGAUUCAUUUAUGUCUCAGUUUUGACCCAACAAAUUGCUUUGCAUGACACAAACUGUAACUUCUACAGAAGAACUGUGACUUUAAAAACAAAGGUGUCCUUUGUAUCCCAUUGUAUUUUUGAGGUUGGGUUGCAAAUGUACACUUGGCCUGAAAACAAUCAGCUCGCUUGAAAACUUCGAAUCAUGAUGUUGUCAUGUAGUCUGCUUUGCUACCAGCAUGGAGUUCUUUACUGUAAAUCUUCAUACAUACCUAAAAAGCCUUUUCUUUUUAAAAUUAGUUCAAGCAAACAACUGACCUAAGUUACCUUAAAUAAUGCCUCUUCACGGAGGUUUUUGAGCUCGUAGUAAUAUAAAGAUGUUAAAAAGGAAGGAAAAUCAUGAAUCACGUCAAAAGUAGCAGAUAUUAAAGGCGGCUUAAGUCAGCAUAGAAGUAGCUCUGUUUAUAGCCCGAUUCUGUAUUUCUAUUAGUAGGAUCUUUCAGAUGGUGAACAAAAUAUUUUUCUAGUCUUCUCUCACCCUGUCCUGCAAGAGUUGGGAUUUCUUUUUUCACCUUGCUUCUCCUGACAGUGUGGUCUCUGAAGCUCAUGCAGCAGGACCCGUUGCUGCUCGCAACCCAAGCACUACUUAGGCUGAGCCAUCCAGGGCGCCCGAGGCAUUCUUGCGGGCAUGCUGACCCUUUGGAAGUGCAGAAGGCACGAGACAUCUUGGUUUACAAUGCUGCUUGCGGUACUGUUGGCGGACGUUUACAGCCUGACUGUAAAACGAGGAUUUUUGUUCUGCUUUUUCUCCAGUUCCAAGUAUACCUUUGUCAUAGCUCAAUUGCAUGUCAAGCGUAACUUUGUAUUUUUAUGCAUACACCUCUGUUGCCUACUUGUCACUUGUCUGCUGCCCGUACGAAACUGUAAUGCAUGUACCGUGAGGGCGGUGCCGUGUGGUGUGUGUGAAGUGGCACUGCCCCGUCCGUGACUAACGGGUAGUCUUUGUGAAGUGUUGCAGUAGCGGUGACGGCAAAACGCGCCCGAUGGGUUGCACUGUCUUGACUGCUGGUGUCUGUCCAGAGUGAUGUGAAGCUGAUUGAGCUUCCUGUGUACAAAUUUAUUACAGUUUCUCCUUCAUAAACCUCCUGAAAUAGCUCAUAGCAGGAUAAACUUUAUUUCAGUCCAUUCAAUCAACAGUAUUGUGAUGUGUACACGUACGUUUUCCUCAGCUGUGUGGUUUGCCUAGGAGAAAACUGGUUUAUUUAUAUAUCACUUGCAGCUACGAUUGGCAUGAGCCAUUUGUUUUUUCUUCUGGUUUUAUUUUUGUAUCUCUUCAAACUUUGUUAUAAAUUAAACUCAACAGCCAGAGCCCUACUCAGGCAGAAGCUUUGCAUAGUGAUUUUUCUUCUGGUUGAGGAGAUGGUGGCAGAACAGUUGCCGUCUCUCUUUUUGCAGUGCAGUAGAGAUACAACAAAAUGCUACAACUCCCAGAAAGGUGUUACUGGAAGAUAGUAAAACCUAAUAUAAUGGCAGAAAGCGUAACUGCAGCCACAAAACUAGUAUACCAACCGGUCCUGGUUUGACAGGGAAAUUACUUUUCUUAUAAUGACUUGUCUGAAUCUAUAAAUAUUUUGCCAUGUCUUCCAGAGGAGAGGAUGAAAUGAAGACAUUUUCUUUUGCAAAGCCUCUGUUUUAUUGGAUUUUACUUUUUUGGGGGGUAGGUGGCUGGGAAGUUUCUGCCAUUGGGAGAAAUGCAUCCAGUGAAGUUGUGUGUGUGGAACGAGUGUUUAUGAUUUAGAUGCUCUUUUUAAUCCCCCCUUCUCUUCCCAAAUCUUCUUCUUUGUUUCCGUUGGCCUGAUCCCGAGCACUGUGACUGGGGGCAUUGCGUGCGGUCUGCUGGAGCUGGGGCCACCUAUCUAAGUGGGGGUACGGCCAGGAAUCCGAGUGAACGCGAGGUUUGGCAAGGUGUCAGUGGCACCAUGUGCUUCGUCUGUUUGCUGGAUGACCAGGGCUCCGCUUUCCUUUCACUCCCACACCACAUUAACAUUUUUAUGUUGUACAAGCCAAGUGCCAGGAGAGAGCACAGUAGAUGAAAUGACUGCUGCAACAAUUGGACGUUACAAUGUUUAGUUUAAAUUUCCUGGUGUUUCGAACUCUUUUAUUUCUUUGUAUGGCUUCAGGUUUGGAAAAUAGAGAGCAGCUGGAUUCCUACAGGUAGUCUGGUAUAAGAAAAACUUGAAGACAUUCAAGCUAUGUGCCACUUGCAAAAGAGUGAAAGUCUUGGGGAAUGUUCCCAAACCAGGAAACUAAUCCUAGGAGUUAGGAAUUAUUUUAAAAUGUUUCAUUUGUGAUUUGAAACCUGUUAAUAAUUAUUACAUUUCAAGAACUGCUUGUCCAGCUCUCCCUUAUGGUUGAUACCUCAAGGAUAAUGCUGCUGCUUUUAUUUUCCAGGCCAGACUGUAACAUUCCAUAGGUUCAUGAUGUAUUUAUCAGUGUAAUGAUCUGUGCAAUAAUUUAAGAAGUGUAGGUAAAACCUCUGUUGUUUAAACCAGGAUACAUUUAAAGAUACAGUGGUCCUCUCGGAGAAUGGCAGUCUACCAAGGUAUUUCACUUCUCACCUUACUUUGGCAAUAUUAAUGAUCCUGUGAAGAAAGGUUUGGGUAAUCAGUGAUUUAAACAGAAAUGAAGAGACAUUUUUAUGUCCGUUAUUAGAGUUUGAUUGUUAGGCUUAGUGACCUCUAGUAGAGCCCUCUCUCGUUUUCAUGCCAGCAGAAACGCUCAGUAUGGAGUACUGUAUCUUUAAUUUUCCUGACGUGUUUUUUGUGAAGUUCACAGGAAUGGCAAUUUCAGUGAACACUAUUCCUUGUUCUGUAGAGUGGUACCGGACUUGAACUGCAGUGUCAUCUUUUAAAGAGCAUUACAAUAAAGCAAAGAGAUAUGGA